AUGAGCGCCCCAACAGCAUCUAAGUACUUUGCUGAUCGAUGCACUGAUCUUCUUCCGGCUGAAGAACUUGAAGAGAGAAUUGAGUACGCCAGGUCUUUGGAAUCCCCUCCCAGAGAAUGGGAAUUCAAGCCUGAGUUUCGUCUCCGUGCCGAACAGAUUGCCGCAAUUUUGACAACUCCACCCACUUUUGUGGACCUUCAACAUCUCGGUAAACGAGACUUAGGACACCCUUGGCAGCCGCCAGCUGUGUCGCAAGAAGUCUCAUCAACACAAAAGGGUGGAAGCGGCCUUGGCGACUGCUCAGGUUCUCUAUAUGAACCACCGAGCGAUACGGACACAAGCAGCUCAUCUAUGAUUGUCAAGAAACACGACGAUAUGGAUAUGGCUGAGCAGAAAAGAUGCUUGAAUCGAGACGGCAAUGCUUGUGUCUUGACAGGGUCUACGAAGCCUAGUGCUUAUCAUAUCGCACCUUUCUCUUGGAACAACACUCAAGAAAAUAUUUAA